AUGUCUCUAAGUCGCGAAGAUUCUGUUUACUUGGCUAAAUUAGCUGAACAAGCUGAACGUUAUGAAGAAAUGGUUGAAAGUAUGAAAAAUGUCGCCUCCACAACUUCAGAAAAUAAUGAAUUAUCAGUAGAAGAAAGAAAUUUACUAUCUGUUGCUUACAAAAAUGUCAUUGGUGCAAGACGUGCUUCAUGGAGAAUUGUCUCUUCGAUUGAACAAAAAGAAGAAUUGAAAGAAAAUUCUUCAAAACAAACAGAAUUGAUUAGAAAUUAUCGUAGUAAAAUUGAAGCUGAAUUAACUGAUAUCUCAAAUGAUAUUUUAACCGUAUUGGAUACUUAUUUAAUUCCUUCUGCUUCUACAGGAGAAAGUAAGGUCUUUUAUUACAAGAUGAAAGGUGAUUAUCAUAGAUAUUUAGCUGAAUUCUCUAACGGCGACGUCAGAGAUAAUGCCACCGGUUCUUCAUUAGAUGCUUACGGUAAAGCUUCUGAGAUUGCGACCACUGAAUUACCACCAACUCAUCCUAUCAGAUUAGGUCUAGCUCUGAAUUUUUCCGUUUUCUACUAUGAAAUUCAAAACUCUCCAGAUAAGGCAUGUCAUUUAGCCAAACAAGCUUUCGAUGACGCAAUUGCCGAAUUAGAUACGUUGUCUGAAGAAUCUUACAAAGAUAGUACCUUAAUCAUGCAACUAUUAAGGGAUAAUCUAACUCUAUGGACUUCUGACAUGACUGAAUCAGAACAACAGCAACAGCAACAGCAACAAGAUAACGAAGAUGAUGCUCCAAAAUAA